AUGAGGAAGGAGGAGAAGGCAGGACGGUUUGGGAGCGUCAUUCCUAUCGGGAGGGAUGAUUAUACUAGGGAGGUCACGGAGGCCAGUAAGGUUGACGAGCCCAUGGAUGAGGCCGAGGAAGAUGAAGAGGAUAUGGAAGAUGAGGAUGAUCCAAGCGGAGAAGGGAGAAGAUCCGCCAAAGGCCGGGGUACAGGGGUAGUGUGCUUCCUGUACAAGGAUGGCAUCCCCAGGAGCGACCGUACCUACGUCCAUGUCCGAGCACUUGCCGCAAAACAUCCGCGAACAAAAUUUGUCUCCAUCGUAGGCGAUAGAUGUCUCCCAAAUCUUCCCGACUCAAGGGUCCCUAUGUUCAUUGUGUACCGCGGUGGCGAAAUUCGAACCCAAAUUGUCAGCUGGGCUGCAGACAAGGAGCGUAAAGCGGAAGGUGAGGGCAUUUCACUCGAACACAGAGUGUGGCUCAUAUGUGGCGUCCUAGAACUGGAAGCUCUCCUCAUCCUCUGUGGAGCCAUAGUCCCGUCACCCCGUCUGUUUCCCGGGAAGUCGCAUGGUGUGGACGAUGGGCCACAGAAGGCUACUCACAGUGAUGAGGAGGAGAGUGAAGACGAAGAUGACCAUGGUGCAAGGCGAUCGAAAAGCACAUUCACAAACCAUACAAUGAAGAAUAUCCGAGGCCCUGCUAGGACAGCGGAUGACAGCGACUCUGACUUCGACCUGUAA